CUACAUUUUGAGGAAUGAGGGGGGAAGAAAGAAUGAAAGAAAUCAUGCCCUUGAUGUAAGCCUGCACAUGUGAUUGUGCUUGGGAAUAAGUAGAGGGAAAAAAAAGGAUAUGAUUCCCAGUCCCUUAGAGCAGACAUAGGGAAGAAAGAGAGGACCAGCAUGGAAAGGAACAUAGUCCUGUUGGCAGUUUGGUGCCUGUUGUCCUUCUUCCAUGCUUGCAAUGGCCAGUUCCCCAGGGCAUGUAGCACAGCAGAAUCCCUCCUGAGCAAGGAGUGUUGCCCUGUGUGGCCUGGAGACGGGUCCUCUUGUGGUCAGUUAUCAGGAAGGGGAGUCUGUCAGGACGUCAUCCUCACCAGCUCUGCUACGGGCCCUCAGUUUCCAUUUUCUGGGGUCGACGAUAGAGAGAACUGGCCCACUGUGUUUUACAACAGGACAUGCCAAUGCCUUGGCAACUUUAUGGGCUAUAACUGUGCAGACUGCAAAUUUGGCUUCAGAGGGCCAAACUGCACAGAGAGGAGAACAAUGAUCAGAAAGGAGAUAUUCCGAAUGAGCAGCGCAGAGAAAAGCAAAUUCAUCGCCUACCUGAAUUUGGCCAAGCACACCACCAGCCGUGACUAUGUCAUAGUCACUGGGACCUACUCCCAGAUGAAUAAUGGCUCCAACCCUAUGUUUGCAGAUAUCAACGUGUAUGACCUCUUUGUGUGGAUGCAUUACUAUGCGUCCCGAGAUGUCCUCCUAGGAGAGGAUGGCCUCUGGAGAGAUAUUGACUUUGCCCAUGAAGCUCCAGCCUUUGUGCCCUGGCACCGGUACUUCUUGCUGCACUGGGAACAUGAGAUUCAGAAGCUCACGGGAGAUGAGAAUUUUACCAUCCCUUUCUGGGAUUGGAGAGAUGCACAAGGUUGUGACAUUUGCACAGAUGAGCUUCUGGGAGGAAUCCAUCCCACCACCACCACCAACAGUCUAAGCCCAGCGUCCUUCUUCUCAUCGUGGCAGAUUAUCUGCAGCCGUCCCGAGGAAUACAAUGCUCAGAGGAUCUUGUGCAAUGGUACCGCUGAAGGCCCACUGCUCAGAAACCCUGGUAGCCACGAUCAGAGCAGGACUCCGAGACUCCCUACAACAGCCGAGGUUGAGAUGUGUCUGUCAUUUACAAAUUAUGAAACGGAGCCCAUGGAUCGGUCGGCCAACUUUAGCUUCAGGAACACGUUAGAAGGAUUUGCGGAUCCACGAACUGGGAUAGCUAACCGGUCUCAAAGUACCAUGCAUAACUCACUGCAUGUUUUUCUCAAUGGCUCCAUGUCUUCCGUCCAAGGGUCGGCCAAUGACCCAGUUUUUGUCCUGCACCAUGCUUUUGUCGACAGCAUCUUUGAGCAAUGGCUUAGAAGACACGGAGCAACAGUAGACAUUUACCCAGAAUCCAAUGCACCUAUUGGUCAUAAUCGUGGCUCCUACAUGGUCCCAUUCAUUCCUCUUUAUACAAAUGGAGAAUUCUUUGCCGCGUCAAAAGAUCUUGGAUAUGAUUAUGACUAUCUAGCAGAAUCAGGUUCCAUUCAAGACAUUCUUUUGUCCUACCUGGAGCAAGCACGACAAAUCUGGCAGUGGCUGGUAGGCGCAGCCGUAGUUGGGGGCCUCAUUUCUGCUGUGAUUGCCACCAUUGUAGGCUUGGCAUGCCGACGGAAGAGAAAAUUUGCAUCGGAGGAAACGCAGCCGCUACUCAUGGAAGCCGAAGAUUAUCAACCCACCUAUCAAUCUAAUCUAUAGAACCCAAACACUAGCUAAAUGUUACUAGCUAAAUGUGAACACAUUGAUAUACUAAUUUUUAUAUCCGGUGGGUACCAAAUGUGUACUUCUCGUCUAGCGUGGGAAUUAUCUAGUUUUAACCCAUUUUAUUGCCUGAGACAGUGUCCGACUUGGGUGCCAGGGGCCCACUCUCCAAUCAUUUAUUCCUUUCCUCUUGACUUUAUUUCACUCUCAAUCAUGUCUCCUUACAUACCAUCAUCUAUCUUCUUCAUUCUAUUUCUCUUCUUUGUUCUCAUAUAGAAACGGGGAAUGGCCAUAUUAUAGGCAUGUAAGGCUAAUGGUUGGAUGAGCAGGAGGGUUCACUGACACCUGGGUCAACUGAGAGCUUUCCUGGUGGGUCAGACAGACACUGGCCUGAGAGGGAAAAUCUUCUUACCCAGUCAAGUGCAUAGAGGGUUAAUUAUGUUGUGUAACACACAAAGUACUUUUAUUAAAAAAUAUAUGUAUAUAUAUAUUGUAUGUAUACUUCCCAACUGACAUGCCCAGCCAUCUUCAUAUACAAAGCAUAAAGAUCUAGGGUUCGUAUUCCAUGUUCCACGAGUAUUGGCGAUAAGUAAAUAUUAAUUGGGAGAAAA